ACAGCUUCAUUUGGCCUGGUUUUGUACAAAUAUUAUUUUCUAUUUUAUGGUGUGGUGUGGUCUGCCUGUCUGGUAUAUAGAUAAAGUAUGCUUGAAAUAAACGAUUCGCAUUACAGCAGCUGCUAUUGGUGUUCUGGACUCAAGUGGACGGGUAGGCGGAUAAGGACCAAUAAGGACGCUAGAUUACUCAUAUUAAUCGAACGUCAUUGUCACAGUGUGAAGGUCGUAGAAGGCGUAUUCUAUUGGUGGAUCAUUUACGAGAAUUACGUCCUUGUUAAAUUCGUAAGGUCAUAACGAAUCAGCGACGACCUUGAUCAAGUCAUAACAAUUGGCUACAGUCUAGGUCAAAUCAUAACAAAUUGGCGACGGGGAUUUCGGUAAAAAAAAAAUACAAGAAUUGGGACGUGAUUCUGAAAAAAAAUACAGCAGUCGGUGACGUCAUUUUGGAAUUAAAUAAUCCAUAAUAUUUGCCGGUGUUUUUUUGGAUUUAUUAUUAUUAUUCUCAUUUUAAAAAAAUAAAAAAAAAUGUCAAUUUCUCCAGAACAGCUACAGUUAAUAUUGCAGCAGCAGCAGCAACAGAUGUUAGCUUGUCAACAACAACUCCUGGAAGCACUUUUGGGGAAAAUGUCUAUUCAGCAAGAUAUUCCAGAACAUAAAAGCAUAGAGUCAUAUCUUAAUCCAAUUCCAGAAUUUAUUUUCGAUGCAGACAGCGGUCACACUUUUGAAGCAUGGUUUGGCAGAAUUGAAGAUAUUUUUCGAGUAGAAUUUGCUGCUAUGGAGGACACAAAGAAAGUCCGGUUGCUCUUACAGAAACUUGGUCCUAACGAGCAUCAGAAGUAUAAAAACCAUAUCCUGCCCAAACAUCCACGAGAGAUUAGUUUCGAUGAAACUGUUAACAUUUUAAAUAAAAUGUUUUCUGAACAGAUGUCUCUAUUUCGUAUCCGGUAUAAUUGUCUACAACUGACUAGAGAAGCUGAUGAGGAUUAUACUACGUAUGCCGGAAGAGUAAAUUUACAAGCGGAACGAUUUAAAUUAAAUGUGUUAACCAGUGAUCAAUUUAAAUGCUUAUUAUUUAUUUCUGGUCUGAAUUCUCCCAGCGAUGCUGAUGUUCGCAUGAAGUUAUUAUCUCGUAUGGAACAUGACGAAGAAAUGACGCUACAAACCAUUACUGGUGAGUGUCAACGAUUAAUAAACUUGAAACAGGAUUCGGCUAUGUUAGAAACCAAAAGUGCUGCACCAUCUACUCAUUCUGUCCAUGCUGUUAAGACAAGUCAACGACAAAAAAGUGCCAAAAGUUAUAAACAUCACACAAAAAUUCCUAAACCUUCAACGAAAUGUUGGUAUUGCGGCGCGUGGCAUUUUUCAAGAUUUUGCAGAUUUAGAAAUCAUAGAUGCACGGUGUGCAAUAAACUUGGUCAUAAAGAAGCAGUUUGCCGGACAAGAGAAAAUUUGAGAUCAAAGCCUACGAAGCGUCCUCACCAGUUUCAAAACAAAUAUAUUAACAGUAUAUAUUCUACACGAGCUUUAAGUAUGGCAGAUAAAAGAAGGUAUGUGGAAUUAUUGGUUAAUGGUGUUCAUGUCCGAUUACAAUUUGAUACAGCGUCAGAUAUCACAUUGAUCUCUAAACGAACAUGGAAUUUAAUUGGUUGUCCACAAGUAUUACCUACUGAGCAUACUGCACGAAAUGCAUCCGGAGAUAUUUUAAAGCUUGUUGGAAUUAUAAAAUGCUCUGUUGAAUUUCGAGAUAACUACUUCACAGGGAAUUGUUAUUUAACGAACAGGCAUGACUUAGACCUUAUUGGAAUAGAUUGGAUAGAUAAACUAAACCUAUGGGAUGUACCAUUGAGUGAAAUAUGCAUGAUGAAGUGCACAAAUAGUCCCAGAGAUCUACCCAUGGUUCAUGUAGCUAAGAAAGCCAUAACGAUAGAAGACCUCUUACAGAAACACAAGAAGUUGUUCCAGAAUAAAUUGGGAUGCUGUACCAUUGGAAAGGCAAAGUUAUAUUUACGACAGGAUGUAAAACCUGUUUUUUGUCCAAAACGCCAAGUCCCGUAUGCAGCCACCGAUAAAGUUGACAAGGAGUUAGAUCGAUUAGAGAAACUGGGUGUAAUACAACCGGUUAAUUAUUCAGCAUGGGCAGCACCAAUAGUAGUAGUGCAGAAAGCAAACGGAACUAUUCGCUUGUGUGCAGACUUUUCAACAGGAUUAAACGAUGCUUUACAAAAUCACUCAUAUCCACUUCCCUUGCCAGAAGAUUUAUUUAUUAAACUAAACGGUGGACGUUACUUUUCCAAACUCGAUCUAUCUGAAGCUUACUUACAAGUAGAAGUUGACGAAGAUUCGAGGGAGUUAUUAACCAUUAAUACCCACCGUGGACUUUACCAGUUUAGCCGAUUACCUUUUGGCGUAAAACCAGCUCCAGCAAUUUUCCAACAGAUUAUGGAUACCAUGUUGUCUAACCUUGAAGGUGUGGCAGUUUAUUUGGACGAUAUUAUAGUUGUUGCCUCUUCUGCUCACGAACUGAUGAGUCGGUUAGACGUAGUGCUCAAUAGAAUAUCGCAAGCCGGGUUUCAAUUACAAAAAGAAAAGUGUCAAUUUAUGCUAGAUUCUGUUAAAUAUCUUGGAUAUAUAUUUGAUAAAGAUGGUCGCCGGCCAGAUCCAGAUAAUAUAAAUGCCAUCAAAAAUAUGCCCACACCAACUGAUGUUACAACUCUCCGUUCAUUCUUGGGGAUGAUUGGAUAUUAUAGUAUGUUCGUACCCCAGAUGUAUAAAUUGAGACACCCGUUAAAUCAACUUUUGAUGGCUAGUGCAAAAUGGUACUGGACAAAAGAAUGCCAAUAUUCUUUCGACGAAAUAAAAAGGAUUUUAUCUUCUAAAUUAUUGUUGACUCAUUACAAUCCUAAGCUUGAAAUAAUUGUUGCCGCUGAUGCUUCCAACUAUGGAAUUGGGGCUGUUAUCAGCCAUCGUUUUCCUGAUGGUAAAGAAAAGCCGAUUGCUCAUGUAUCCCGAACACUUAACCCAGCUGAACGAAAAUAUAGUCAGAUUGAAAAAGAAGGAUUAGCUAUAGUUUUUGCAGUAAAGAAAUUUCAUAAAAUGAUUUAUGGACGUCGAUUUACUCUUCUAACAGAUCACAAGCCGCUUUUAUCUAUAUUUGGAUCGAAGUCAGGUAUUCCUGCAUAUACAGCUAAUCGAUUACAACGCUGGGCUAUUACACUACUUGCUUAUGAUUUCCGAAUUCUAUAUAAAUCAACUGAAAAGUUUGGACAAGCUGAUGUUUUAUCUCGAUUAAUUGCGAAUCAGAAGCAGGAAAGCGAAGAUUCUAUUAUUGCAACGAUAUCAUUGGAAGAAGAUAUCCACCAAAUACUACAAGUUGCUAUAAAAGCAACACCAUUAUCCGCUGAAGAUAUUAGACGCUACACUCAAGAAGAUGGCGAGCUGAAACGGAUUAUAAGUUACCUUGAACAUGGUUGGCCUUCUCAUAUAGACAACAAAAAUAUUGAACAGUAUGCUCACCGACGAAAUUCUUUAUCGCUCGUGGACGGGUGCCUAAUGUUUGGAAAUCGAGUUAUUGUACCCACAAGCCUACGCCGGAAGGUGAUGUUAGAACUGCACGCUGCACACCCAGGGGUAGCGCGGAUGAAAGCACUUGCGCGCGGUUAUGUAUAUUGGCCGAAUAUUGAUGCGCAGAUUGAAGAAUAUGUUGCAAAAUGUUCAGCAUGUGCAAAAGUCAUAAAAGCCCCUCGCAAGACCGAAAUGCAGAGUUGGGGAACACCAUCAAAUCCGUGGUCAAGAGUUCAUGUAGAUUUUGCUGGUCCUAUAAACGGUAAACAGUUCUUGAUAAUCAUUGAUGCUUUCUCUAAGUGGCCAGAAGUCCACUAUAUGAAAUAUAUCUCAACACAAGCUACAGUGAAGAAACUGAGGCAAGUAUUCAGUUGUUUUGGGUGUCCAGAUAUAUUGGUGUCAGACAAUGGACCACAGUUUACCUCUGCUGAAUUUUCGAGGUUCUGCAUUGCCAAUGCCAUUAGGCAUAUCAAGACACCCCCAUACCAUCCACAGUCUAACGGCUUAGUCGAAAGGUUCGUGGACACUUUUAAAAGAGCAUUGCUUAAAGCCGAAGGGGAAGGAGAAAUAGAAGAUAUAAUUCAACGAUUUUUACUAAGCUACCGCGCAACUCCCAACCCAGCAACAAAUAAUCAAGAAAGCCCGGCAGAAGUAAUUUUUGGAAGAAAGAUUAGAAUACCUAUGGAACAAAUGAAGCCAAAACCUGAAGUCAUUCAAUGCAAGAAUAAACGAAUGGAACUGCAAUUUAACAAAAGGCAUGGUGCCUUACCCAGAAGGUUUAAUGUAGGACAAGCAGUAAUGGCAAGAGAUUUCCAGGGAGUAAAGCCAACCUGGAAAUUUGGCAUCAUAGUCCGAAGAAAAGGGAAAGUUAUUUAUGAAAUGAAAGUUGGACAAAAGAUAUGGGUACGACAUGCAAACCAGAUACAGCCGACCAGACAGGAGUGGGAGAUAGAAAGUGAUAGAAAGCAUGAUAUACCAUUAAAUAUAUUAACCGAGUCGGAUAAUUAAAUUAAAAGGACCCGAAUAAAAAGAAGACGUGUACUACACUCCCAAGGCGGUCGCAGCGCAUCAGGCGGAAACCUAAUCGCAUAAAAAUAAAUCCCAAGGAUCGCUAUUAUCCAUGAUGCUUCAAAAAAGGGGAGGUGUUAUAUACUAGGAAAAAGUAAGUACUGAUAACUUACGGGACCUCUUAUUAGACUAUUAAUCUAUUUAUAUUCCUAUGGUAUAACUAUUCAGUAACUGGAUUAUCUAUAUCUAUAUUCAUCUUAUUACUAGCUUCAUUUUGACCUAUUGAUUAUUACUAUAUGAUUUACUGUCCCUACGUUAUGCUCAGUUUUAUUGAUUAUUGUCUCCCACGCUUACAGCUUCAUUUGGCCUGGUUUUGUACAAAUAUUAUUUUCUAUUUUAUGGUGUGGUGUGGUCUGCCUGUCUGGUAUAUAGAUAAAGUAUGCUUGAAAUAAACGAUUCGCAUUACAGC